AAUGAAAGAACAGCAAAAUAAAAAUGGGGAUUCCCAAAUCAAGUUUGUUAGGACAACUGCGAUAUUGCCUAAGAAAAACCGAGAUCAAAAUAAGCAUCUGGUACCAACCGAUGAAAAUGAAGUCCCAUACUUUCAGGCGGUUGAUAAAAUAAUCAUGAGGGAGAUGGUAAAGGCAAAAUCCACUGACUGUUUUAAGAAAGAUGCUACUUCAGAAGAUCCUCCAGCUGCCACAGACGAGGAGCAGGUGAACUUUGAGGCCAAACCAGAAGAUGACUCUUCAGACUUGUACUCGGUGAUGAUCCCUCUUGACAAAUUUCACAUUGAAAAGCGAGAGAAGGUGAACAAGAUGAUCAAAGGACGCUUUGAUUUGAAGAUUAAUUAUGAUCUUCCGAUGAACCAAUAAAGGUACAGAGCCUCGCUGAGGAGCCAAUAGCAUUUUACGUGCAUAAGAAUCGUCAAUUCGUGCAGCGUUUGAAGACCAAAUUCGACAUCAACAGGCUGAGGAAUAGAGAAGUCAACUCUCCUUUCGGAAUUUCGAAAUCAAGGCUUAG